GUUGAACGGCCAGUUCGACCACCCGGGUACUGAAAUACAGGUAUGCUUAUCUCAUCUUAUUACCGUUGUGUUGCAACAUGCUGCGCAAGACAGGCUGCAGUAGCGCUAAUACUGCUUUCUGUCUCUACUACUGUUACUACUACGUGUGCCCUAGGAGCAGCAAGGGCCAGCAUGGACAUAUUCGAAGUGCGUGAACGUGCGGGGUACGUCGACGUUGCCAUGCUGCAGGUCUCCAUGGGUGACUUGUCGUACGAGGUCCAGAACGCGACGAGGCGUGCGGAAUGGUGGCCUCGUGGCUGGCAGUCUUCACGACAUCAGCGAGCAGUGACACCCGUUGCGACACCAUCGCCGACUACCUGCGUGGAUACAGACAACGGUGCUACGAACAGGAUGGGCCUUUCGUGCGAAGCCUAUGCGCACGACCCUGAAGAGCCAUUCUCGGGCAUCUGCUUCGACCCUUACUAUGACGAUGGAGACUUCUCCUCGCACAUGUGUUGCGCGUGCCCUCAGGAGUGCCCCCCACACGACCAGCCCAUCAACGCAGUCUGUGAGGACUGGAUCGAGUUCAGGGGCUCGAACGACGAUGGCGAGGGGAGGACAUCUCACUCGAAUCUUGCUGGACUGGGUCCUGAUUUUCACAGGCCCAAAGAGCUCAGAUACUAUGGAGUCGGAAAACUCGCAAACGGGGUUAGCAUCGAUAUAGUGUUUGUCAAUACGUCCCGGUAUACCCCCAGGAAUACGAAUUGGAACAAGAUUUCUGGCUCGCAGGCAACUGUGAACCUGCUCAUCGGGGAAUAUGUAAACAUCAAAGCGGAGUUUGUGAGAAACCAUACCUUCUGCCCUGAGACGCCACACCUGCCAAAGAUAACGUUCUGUGACAUCGACCACUUCAAGGAUGGGGAGAACGAGAUCUUAAUCCUCGACGGUGUCAGUGCUGUCUUCACGGUCGACGAUGACAUCGAUUUUGAUUUGGACUUGUUCGAAUUCAAUACUCUCAUGAGUGGAAGCCCGGUCCCAUUGACAUACACAGUAUCCUCCAUCCAGACAUCGAUUCCGGGCAGGACUUCCAGGAAGUUUGUCUCCAACUCUGGCGAAAAGUUUGCGAUCCGGGCAACCUCGCGGAUGUUCGGCCAUGGUUGCGACAACCCGCUAGACCAAAACCAGUUGACCAAUAUCACUUGCCCAGACGCGUCGUACCCGACCGUGGACCAGGCGAAGCGAUGCUUCAUGGUGGAGUUUUUUAACGUCUCCGAGUUCUUCGUCUCGUUCAAGAUCAUGACGGACAUGCCCGACCAGUACGUCCAGUCUUGGGGCCGCAAUUUCGCCAUGUCCGGGACUUCUUCAUUCUUCGCCGACGAGUUGAGCCAGACUUGCUACACGAACGCCCCCACCACAGCUCCGACAUUCGCGCCGACCGGUACACCGACGGCGGCGCCAACCGCCGUGCCGACGACCUCGCCUACAGUUGCACCUACUGCGACACCGACUGCCUCUCCGACUGCGGCCCCGACAACUGCGCCGACUGCUGCUCCGACCACAGCACCAACGAUGGCACCGACUGGUUCACCGACAGCCGCGCCGACUGCUGCGCCAACAAUGGCGCCGACAGCGUCGCCGACAGCUGCUCCAACUGCUGCGCCGACAGCCGCGCCUACAGUGGCGCCGACAGCUGCACCUACUGCGAGACCGACUGCCUCUCCGACUGCGGCCCCGACAUCUGCGCCGACAGCUGCUCCGACCGCAGCACCAACGAUGGCACCGACUGGUUCGCCGACAGCUGCGCCGACUGCGGCACCGACGGCCGCACCGACUGCGGCACCGACAGCCGCUCCGACUGCGCAGCCCACAGCUGCGCCGACAGCGGCACCGACAGCGGCACCGACGGAUUCGCCGACCGCUGCGCCGACAGCGGCACCGACUGCGGCACCGACAGCCCGGCACCGACAGCCGCGCCGACACCGGCGCCCACAGCAGCGCCGACAGCUGUGCCGACUGCUGCACCGACUGGUUCACCGACUGCGGCACCGACAAUGGCACCGACUGCCUCGCCGACAGCUGCCCCAACUGGUUCACCGACAGCCGCGCCGACUGCUGCACCAACAAUGGCGCCGACAGCGUCGCCGACAGCUGCUCCAACUGCUGCGCCGACAGCCGCGCCUACAGCGGCGCCGACAGCUGCACCUACUGCGACACCAACUGCCUCUCCGACUGCGGCCCCGACAUCUGCGCCGACAGCUGCUCCGACCGCAGCACCAACGAUGGCACCGACUGGUUCGCCGACAGCUGCGCCGACUGCGGCACCGACGGCCGCACCGACUGCGGCACCGACAGCCGCUCCGACUGCGCAGCCCACAGCUGCGCCGACAGCGGCACCGACAGCGGCACCGACGGAUUCGCCGACCGCUGCGCCGACAGCGGCACCGACAGCAGCACCGACGGAUUCGCCGACCGCUGCGCCGACAGCGGUACCGACGGCGACGCCGACAGCUGCGCCAACUGCGGCACCAACGAGCGCACCGACCACUUCGCCGACAGCCGCGCCGACUGCGACACCGACAGCGGCACCGACAGCCGCGCCGACAGCUGCGCCGACAGCUGCGCCGACCGCUGCGCCGACAGCGGCACCGACAGCGACGCCGACAAUGGCACCGACAGCGGCACCGACUGCCUCACCGACAGCCGCGCCGACUGCUGCACCAACAAUGGCGCCGACAGCGUCGCCGACAGCUGCUCCAACUGCUGCGCCGACAGCCGCGCCUACAGCGGCGCCGACAGCUGCACCUACUGCGACACCAACUGCCUCUCCGACUGCGGCGCCGACAUCUGCGCCGACAGCUGCUCCGACCGCAGCACCAACGAUGGCACCGACUGGUUCGCCGACAGCUGCGCCGACUUCUGCACCAACGAGGGCACCGACCAGUUGGCCGACAGCUGCGCCGACUGCAGCACCGACAGCUGCGCCAACUGCGGCACCGACUGGUUCGCCGACUGCGGCGCCGACAGCUGCGCCGACGGCUGCUCCGACGAGGGCCCCGACUGGUUCGCCGACAGCUGCGCCGACUGCAGCCCCGACUGGUUCGCCGACGGCUGCGCCGUCUGCGGCGCCGAUCGCCGCGCCCACGGCGGCGCCGACAGUGGCGCCGACUGCGUUGCCGCGGGUGAGCGCGUCAGGCGAUCCGCAUCUGGUUAAUGUGCGAGGGCAGCAUUUCGACGUGAUGCAGCCUGGGGCCCACGUCCUCCUCCUCGUGCCCUUCGGGGCGCGCCCGCUGUUGACACUCCUUCGCGUAGAUGCCGACGCGCGGCAGGUGGGUGGCGCUUGCGCGGACACGUACUUCAUGAGCGUGAACAUCACUGGGAAAUGGGCAGAGGCCAUAGUCCACAAUCAAAAGCUUGGCAGUGGUCACGGCCUGACGUUCAGCGCAGGCACUGGGGCAUCACACACGGGCACAAAGUGGAUGUCCUUCGGGAAGAUUGACCUGAAGGUGGUCCAUGGCCGCACCGACGAGGGCAUAGCAUACCUCAAUUUUUUCGCUCGGAAUCUGCGGCAAGCGGGAUACCUCGUUGGAGGGCUCCUGGGGGAGGAUGACCACAGCGAAGCUGCCACCCCUAGGGAUGAGUGCCGACGCGGUCUUGAGGUCUAAUUAGUACUUCCAGUGCACGGUGCUUGACCGGGGCACUGUGAGAGAGUUGUAAGCCUGGCGCGAUUCAUGCGGUACCCACUAGCUGGUACUUCCAGUGCACGGUGUUGGCCGGGAGUCCCGGCCGGGGACACCGCAAUAAGGUUGUAACCCUGGA